GCAAGGUAAACAUGGCGAACAACCAGCGCAGCCGAUAGCUGCAUUCUCUCUAACAUGUGUUGAAUUAACGCCUUUACCAUCACAAAGCGUUAUUUUUUUUUAACCUUGCACACACAAAAGUGGGUGCAGGGCGCUAGAUAUUUAAACUUUUUAACGCGGAAAGAGGGUGAAGAAGACUCGCCGUCACCAUGGGGCGACGAUCGACCUCCUCCACCAAGAGUGGGAAGUUCAUGAACCCCACCGAUCAGGCCAGGAAAGAGGCAAGGAAAAGGGAGCUGAAAAAGAACAAGAAGCAGAGGAUGAUGGUGAGAGCUGCUGUGCUGAAGAUGAAGGAUCCCAGACAGAUCAUAAAAGACAUGGAGAAGCUGGAUGAGAUGGAGUUCAAUCCAGUGCAGCAGCCCCUGCUCAAUGAGAAGGUGCUGAGGGACAAAAGAAAGAAACUACGGGAGACGUUUGAACGCAUUGUCCGUCUCUAUGAGAGAGAGAACCCUGACACCUACAAGGAGCUACGCAAACUGGAACUGGACUAUGAGACCAAGCGAGGACAACUGUCCCUUUACUUUGACUCAGUCAAGAAUGCAGAGUCAGUGGAGGUUGACAGUAUCCCACUGCCAGAAAUGCCUCAUGCCCCCUCCAGUAUUCUCAUCCAGGACAUCCCUUUGCCAGGAGCCCAGCCUCCCUCCAUACUGAAGAAAAGUUCCUCAUUUGGUAAAGGUUCUCUGUCAUCAUCCUCUGGACUGGUGUCAGCAGCAGUGGCAGGCGUUCCUCGUCUGCCCCCUGGGAAGAAACCCCCUGGCCCUCCACCGGGUCCCCCGCCUCCACAGGUCUUGGCUUUGUAUGGCAUUCCUGCUCGUCAUGCUUAUGGGACAGACACAGAACCUUCUGCUCCUGGUCUCGAGAAAGACUCUGCAAUGGACAUGGGAAGAGGACGGGACAGUGGCAGUGAGAGUGACAGAGAAGGGGACGAUGGGGAAGAUGAUGACAGUGACUCUGAGGAGGACAGUGAAGGAGAGAGGGAUGAUGAAGGCGACAGGAGGAUGAGUCUGGAUAGGCCAGAUGAUGACAGAGGAAGAGAGGAGGACAGAACUGAUCGACAUGCAACUCGCAGUGUACGUUUUGCAGAUAUGCCCCCAGCGGCACCCCGAGAAAGAAAGAAGAAAAAGAGGGUGGUGAAGAAGACCAAGGCGAUUACCCCUCUGCAAGCCAUGAUGCUUAGGAUGGCAGGCCAGUCUGUUCCUGAAGAGGAGGAGGAAGAAGAGGUUGAGGAAGAAUACACAGAUGAAUCAGACACUUCUGAUAUUGAGGACAGAGGACCACCUGGAGACAACCAGUCCAAUGUGAUACCGAGUCAGCGUCUUCCCCCUCCUGUUGGGCCAAUGGGCGGACAGCAGGGGCCUCCACACUUGCAAGGUCCACCAAUGGCAGGGCCCCCACCACUUGGACCGCCCCCUGCUCCUCCAAUGAGGCCUCCUGGUCCACCUUCUGGGCCACCUCCUGGCCCCCCUCCUGGUGCGCCUCCGUUCUUGAGACCUCUUGGUAUGCCUGGAGGUCUUAGGGGUCCGAUACCACGUCUACUACCUCCCGGACCCCCACCAGGUCGGCCACCUGGCCCACCUCCUGGUCCUCCUCCUGGUCUCCCACCUGGCCCCCCACCACGAGGACCACCUCCCAGACUACCUCCCCCAGCACCACCAGGUAUCCCGCCUCCUCCACCAAGAGCUGGGGGACCUCCUCGUCCCCUUGCCCCACCCCUCUCUCUCUUCCCUCCACCCCUCAACUCCAAUGUGCUCAGUGCUCCCCCCAGUAUUGUCCAGCGGCAAAAAGGCUCAGGCUCUACCCAAGAGGCUUCUCAGAGCAACAUGCCUCCUCCUGUUAUGCCCAUGCCGAUGCGCCCAGGAGUCAUGCAGAUGCCCCCUCCCCCAGGAACAGCUGCCCCCUCCACAGGCCCCAACCCUGCUGGCAAUCCUCCCAGUCUUCACCACACAGCCACCAUCGAGAAGCGAGCAAACAUCACUUCUGUCCCGCCCAGCGGAAGCAGCUUGGCAGCAGUUGCCGGGUCUGGUGGGGCCACCAUCUCUGCCAAGCCACAAAUCAUCAACCCCAAGGCAGAGGUCACCCGCUUCGUACCCACAGCGCUUAGGGUGCGUAGGGACAAGGGUAGUGCAGUACCUGGGGCAGCACCGGGGCCUGUGGAGAAAGCAGGAGGUGGUGUAGGAAGGAGAGGAGAUGAUGGCAUGGGAGCAGCCCAGGGGCAGAAGCAGCAGGCCAGCGCUGCUCAAAUCGGCUCAGCCAAUCCAAGCCAGAUGAGUGCUAUGCCUCAGCCCAACAUGAAGACUAAGGACCAGGUGUAUGAAGCCUUUAUGAGGGAGAUGGAGGGGCUCCUCUGAGACUCAAGAAAAAUGGAGGGAUGUUCAAAGGAGGCAGUUUAGAGUGUUUUAGUUUUACACAUUUUCUGAACAGAGUAACGGGAAUAGAUAAUUGUUAAGCCAGAAGGAAACCACCCAGAUCAUUUUCUCAGCCUUUAGCUAAACAAGAGUACUGCAAAAUUUCAGCAAUGGUCUUUGUAGCCUAAUAGAGCUUCAUAUAGUGUGGAAUGCUGUUAUUCCUCUAAGAAUUGGUUGAUUUAUGAUAUUAAAUCUGACCAGAAAAUGUGUAACUGAAAACAUCCAUAUUGGUUGCUUUUCCACCAAGCAGCAAAUAGCAAGAACACAUAAUGCUCUCAAAAAACGGAAAAAAAUAUUUUGCUAGAGAUGACGUGAGUUUUUGUUUCCCCAGUAGUUUUUGUGUUGUUCGUCCCAGCCAACUGUGUUGAUUUGGCUUGACCAGUACAACAUUUUUUUUUUAUAUUAAUGUCAAGUUGUAUAUUGUUGAUUUCUGAAAUACUUGGACAGCAAAUUCAAGAUACUCAUCAGUGGAAUGGUAAUAAAAUAUCCA